AUGGGGAAUUCGCAGACCAAAGAAUCCAGAUCGUCUCUUCCUCACUCGAAUCGCCGAAGCUACGGAGGCCACGGAAGGUCGCCCUACGAUGACCGGCAUCAUGCGGAAGCGUCCCGAUUGACGCGUGGCAGUCGCCCCGAUCUCUCCAUUCUGGGAAUAACUGGGAGCCACGAAAGGGAUGUGGCCUCCCUCGAGCAUCGUCGCGAGACGAAACAACAGCGCGAAGCCCGACGCCUGGAGAAAGAACGGGUCGCCCGGCUCAAGGAACGGGCGCGUAGCAUGCGAGAUGAACAUGUCGAUGGGGGCUAUCUCGUUACGCAGGGCGUUUACACGGGGGCCGAGGACUUUAGUAAAGCGGUCGUCCGACAGUUGAUGAUUGAACGACGCCUUGCCCCGUUUUGGCGGGGUCUGAACGACUUCUCCGAUUCAUGGACCGAGCAUCAGCUGAUGGCCGCCGCGCGGGGCCUUCCCAUCCCUGCCCCUGACGAGAUCCCCCCGGAGCUGGAGUAUCGGAAUCCACCAAGGGUCACAGAGGAUACCAAGGAGUCGUCCGAUCCAAGGUCCAUUCAACAUCUGACGGUCCCGAUCACGUCGAGGUCGCAAUCCGAUGGCUCGGAUGUGUCCCAGUCCUCCACGCCGGCGCAGUCGCUGCCGUCCACCUCCCCGAUCUCCCAGGGCACGUCCAGUUCGCCUCUCUUCCGGACGCGGGCAAAAACCCUCGCCUCCCUGACGACAUCGAGAAACGCCAACGUGGCCGACCCCGGCCCGCGAGAGAUGCAGCUCCCGCACGACCCCUUCGUCAAUGGCCAGCCCAUGGAGGCCUACCUUUACAAAGCGGCGUCCGAGUGCCCGAUCUGUUUCCUAUACUACCCCCCUUACUUGAACCGCACGCGGUGCUGCGACCAGCCCAUCUGCUCCGAGUGUUUCGUGCAGAUCAAACGACCCGAGCCCCACCCCCCAGAGCAUGGUGAUGCAGAUCCGAAUGCCCCAGCCCCAGCUACAACGUCCGAGGCGGCGCCUCCCGACAACCAGGACGGUCAGCUCGUAUCAGAGCCUGCCGCCUGCCCGUUUUGCGUCCAGCCGGAAUUCGGGGUGACGUACAUGACGCCGCCGUUCCGCCGGGGAUUGACCUACCCCGCCGACCCGGGGUCUCGCCUCAACCUCGCCUCGCCCGUCUCGUCCACAUCCUCCCUGUCCUCGGGAAAUGUCGCCAGCUUCACGGGUCGCCGGCGCGCAACGUCGUUGUCGGCCGCGGACCCGGCGGUGAUCACAACCGACCGGAUCCGACCGGACUGGGCCCAGAAGUUGGCCAACGCUCGCGCGCACGCGGCGCGACGGUCCGCCGCGGCCACUGCUCUGCACACGGCGGCCUACAUGAUGAACAGCAACCCCUCCGCAAGCGAAUCGCGCAAUUUCGGCAUCGGCAGAAGGGGCGUCAUGCGACGGUCCGGGGCGCCGGAAGGCCAAGGCAGCCCCGGUCGGGGCUCGCCGGCCUUGCAAGCGCUGGCCUUCUUGACGGAUCGCCGCGGGGCCGGCAACGAGACCGAUUCGGCCGAGGAAGGUGGCGGCACGCCCGCGCGCAGUGGCUCGCGACGGACGCGGGUGGAUGAUCUGGAGGACAUGAUGAUGAUGGAGGCGAUUCGGUUGAGUCUGGCCAGCGAAGAGGAGCGGCGCAAACGCGAGGACAAGGAAGCCAAGAAAGAGGCCAAGAAGCGGGAGAAGGAGGCCAAGAAGGCGGAGAAGAUGGCCCGGAAGUCGGGACUCUACAGCAGCAACGCUAGCCGCUCCACCCUGGAUGUCCCGACGGGACUGGGGCGGGUAGUCAGCAGCUCGUCCUCUGUAACGGGGGAGGAUACCACCGCCGGGAGCAAGGGUAAAGAGGUUGAUCGCGCGAGCCCUUCCGCCCCCGGCGCGGCGGGCCCCGCAGACACCUCUCCGCCACCUGGCCGCGAAUCGGCCCGACCGUCGCACCUGCGACAUGUCUCGAGCGCGUCGUCGUCCUUCUCCUCGGUGGUGGACUCCAUGGCGGAGGACCACCCGGGACCGUUCCCGCCGGUCGAGGGGACCAGUUCGUCGAACGAGCCCAUGUUCAACUUUCGCAGUCUGGCUGAGGUUAUUGGCGAUGAUGACGACAAGCCCGAGUCGACCGAACACGUCGAAGAUACGUCGUCGCAAGCACACCUCUUGGGCUCCCCCCCGGGCCCCACGUCCGCCGACCACCCCGCAUCCCACGGCCCGGUGGUCCCAGGGUCUACCAGUUUGGGAGAAGACGAUGUGAGCCUGCCCGAGCAUCGGGACUGCCUGAAACCGCAGGAACUGGAGACGCGAUCGGUGGAGAUUCAUAAUCCGCCCGGGAAUGCACAGACUUGA